CGGCUGAACCAGUCGACUCGGCUCGAGCUUCUCGUGAUGGGGGGCGGCGGCGGCGGCGGCGGGAGCAGCAGCGACGAUGACGGGGACGCCGCGUGGAAGGCGGCCAUAGACUCCAUAGCUUCAGUCGGGUUCGGUGUCCCGUCCUCCAACGGCGCGGCGAAGGCGGCCUCUGGCUGCAGCGGCGAGGCGAGCCACGGCGUGGAGCUGGAGCAGCCUCGGGAAGGGAAGCGGCAGACUCCUGGGCUUAAGCUGUACCAGAUCAAGGUAAGAAAUAUGUUGGAUGAUAUGUUAGAGAAAAAUCUCGAAGUAGUUAAAGCUACUUGCUCGAACUUAACCGACCCUACGGAAACAGAAGGAGGGAUAAAGUUAUUUAAAAAAGCGCCUCCUGGUAUCAAAAUGGAUUCCAUGGAUAAAUUGCAUGUGCAACUCAGGAGACCAAGAAUCCUGCCUGGACAAGAGGUCGAUGAGAAAUCAAAGAAGUUCAGGCAUAUGCUCCGGUCUGUUGUUGUCGAGGGCAAUGACAUACUUGUUUCUGCAAAGAAAGCAUCCCGGAGAUCAUUGGCUAGAUUGGAAGAGAGAGAAGCUGCAGCGAAGGCAAAAGCCAAGAGGGAGGAAGAAAGGGUGCGGGAACUGAAGAAGGUCAGAGGAGAGAAAUGGCUUCCUUCUAUUGCUAGACAAAUAAAGGAAGAAAAAGCUUGGGAGCAGCGAUGGUGCUGAACUGGUGAUGUGCCAGAUCAACGGGGCUGCAUGUGCUAAUCUCAAAGUCCAUUUAUUCCGAUGCCCUUUUCUGAGUGGCCACAAGUACGCGAAUGAGUAGAUAGAUUGCUGUUCUGACAUAUUUGUUCUAAUUGAGAGAAUGUAGCUCUGGAUAUCAGUGUUCUUUCAUGGAAGUUUUGUAGUAGCAAGAUUUGUUGUUGUAAUGUUCGAGGAUGUGAUGUGGUACCAAUCUGCGGUUCUGCACUCUUUGAACAUGCAGCAAAUCAGGUCAUCAGGGGGAGUUUUUGCUGUGGCAA